UUCAAUAAGGAUUCCUAGAGACAUUAUAAGUAAAUGGAUAUGGAAUACUGACCAGUAGCGCGCAUUGUGAAUAUUUACGCACAAAUUGCACCAUUGGUUAUUGGGGUUUGCAGUACAGCAUCUGGAGACAUAUACGUGGGAAAACCUCAGUGUGUUCCCUAUUUACUUGUGAGUGGUAACGAGUCUUUCAGAGAAAUUCCACCCAUGCAAACUAUUAUGUUUUCCAUAUAUUCUGUUUCUUCGUGCUGUUGUUUCUGUAUCCAAGGCUGUUUAGCGGAGGUUGGAGAUGUGGGGGUGGUCUCAUUGGUAUAAAAGUAUUUAAAAAGGGUUGGUGGCGACUGCGCACAGAUACAGUUUCACACCAUGUGCUUCAAAUCUUUGGCAAACCAACACAUAUGUCGGUCUGUGCGCAAUGAGCGAGUCUUCGUAGACGAUAGACUCUAAUUAAUUGCUUAAAUUUAAAACUCACACGUUCUCAAUGCAGGCAGGUGGCAGCGGGUGAUCGUGCGCGCGGAUGUGUUCAGGACAGCCAGAAGCAUCUCCGGAGGCGCACUUUUCCAGUCACAGAGCUCACUCAACCUCAUGGAUGACAUUUUGAAGAUAGGCUUCGACCCCACGAGCAAGCCGGUGUUGAUGGAGGAUAAAAGGAACGACACUGGCGCUCUUGGGAACUCCAGCGACCCGUUUGGCCGGAACGAGGAGGUCGCCAAGAUCGAGAUCACAAUGCUCAGCGUGACAUUCGUCGUGGCUGUGGUGGGGAACCUGAGCGUGCUGCUGGCCAUGUACAUGAGCCGACGGAAGCCCUCGCGCAUGCACCUGUUCAUGAAGCAUCUGAGCCUCUCGGACUUGGUAGUGGCCUUUUUCCAGGUGCUACCGCAGCUCUGUUGGGAGAUCACCUUCCGCUUCUACGGGCCCGACUUCCUGUGCCGCAUCGUCAAGCACCUGCAGGUGCUAGGGAUGUUCGCGUCCACCUACAUGAUGGUGAUGAUGACGCUGGACCGCUACAUCGCCAUCUGUCACCCGAUGCAGACCCUUCACCAGCCCACGCAGCGCGCCUAUAUGAUGAUCGGGGCCACCUGGGUGUGUAGUCUUGCCCUGAGCAUGCCCCAGUAUUUUAUAUUUUCCCUGAGCGAGGUCCACCCGGGCUCGGCCGUGUAUGACUGCUGGGGACACUUCAUCCAGCCGUGGGGCGUGCGCGCCUACAUCACCUGGAUCACCGUGGGCAUCUUCCUCGUGCCCGUGGCCGUGCUCAUGCUCUGCUACGGCUUCAUCUGCCGGUCCAUCUGGCGGAACAUAAAGUACAAGACCCAGAAGGGCACUAGCGUGAUGGCACUUGCGACCAAGAAUGGGAUGAUCGGGACUAGUUCAGUCAGCAGCGUCACCACCAUCUCGCGCGCCAAGCUGCGCACAGUGAAAAUGACUUUCGUGAUCGUGCUGGCGUACGUGGUGUGCUGGGCUCCGUUUUUCACCGUGCAGAUGUGGUCGGUGUGGGAUGAGAGCUUCUCGUGGGUAGACUCCGAGAACACCGCAGUCACCCUCUCGGCUCUGCUGGCCAGUCUGAAUAGCUGCUGUAACCCGUGGAUCUACAUGAUCUUCAGUGGCCACCUCCUCUCUGACAUGGUCCACUGUCUGCGGUGCUGCCGGGGGCUGCUACACAAAUUCGGCCAUCAAGACUCGAACAGCAGCAUCCGCCGCACCACACUCCUGACCCGGGUACCGCCCCCGGCCCUACCCCAUCAGAGCUCAGAGAAAAGCUCUUGCAAAGAUUGCUUCCACAACUCCCACAGGAACUGUCAAUCAAUCCCGGUGUCUUAACCGGGUGCUCACACUGUCCAUAUAUAUAUAUAUAUAUAUUGUGCAUGUGGUUCUUGCGCAACGCCACAGUGAUGAAGGCUAUCACGAGUUUAGCGGGAAGCUUAAUGGAAACAGAGUCCGAACAGAGUCAGUGCAUCCAUCUCUCCUGGAGCUUGUGUUUCUGCUCAGAGAGGUGUUCGACACACAUCAAUCCGUAAGUGGAAUUGUGGUAGGCUAUAGGAAUACCUAGGCUAUAACUAGGUUAUCCUGUCUCUUCUUGCUAAAUGUGAACUGACUGUCAGGAGGCAUCUAAAACCCAGACAGUGCUAAUAUUUAUGCUCUUACAAGCUCUUAUGGGCCCACACUCAUGCAGCGAUCAGAAUCGUUGCCAUUAACCGGUCAUUCCAAAUGAACCGAGUGGUCUGUCAUUGCAUGUGUUGUUCAAUAACUAAUCAUAUGCCUAAUAUACACAACCGUUAAAGGUUUGGGGUCAUUUAGAAAUGUCCUUGUUUUUGAAAAAAAAGCAUAUAUUUUUGUCCAUUAAAAUAACAUAAAAUUGAUCAGAACUACACUGUAGACAUUGUUAAUGUUGUAAAUUACUAUUGUAGCUGGAAACGGCAGAUUUUUUAUGGAAUAGCUACGUUGGCGUUAUCAGCAACCUCCUGUGUUUCAAUGGCACGUUGUGUUAGCUAAUCCAAGUUUAUCAUUUUAAAAGGCGAAUUGAUCAUUAGAAAACCCUUUUGCAAUUAUGUUAGCACUGCUGAAAACUGUUGUCCUGAUUAAAGAAGCAAUAAAACUGGCCUUCUUUAGACUAGUUGAGUAUGUGGAGCAUCAGCAAGAGUGGGUUCGAUUAUAGGCUCAAAAUGGCCAGAAACAAAGCACUUCUGAAACUCGUCAGUCUAUUCUUGUUAUGAGAAAUGAAGGCACUGCGAGAAAUUGCCAAGAAACUGAAGAUCUCGUACAACGCUGUUGUACGAGAUCUUCUCAGAACAGUGCAAACUGGCCCUAACCAGAAUAUUUAAUUUUUUAUUUUACCUUUAUUUAACCAGGCAAGUCAGUUAAGAACACAUUCUUAUUUUCAAUGACGGCCUGGGAACAGUGGGUUAACUGCCUGUUCAGGGGCAGAACGACAGAUUUGUACCUUGUCAGCUCGGGGGUUUGAACUCGCAACCUUCUGGUUACUAGUCCAACGCUCUAACCACUAGGCCGCCCCAGAAAGAGGAGUGGAACAACUGAGCACGAGGACAAGUGCAUUAGAGUGUCUAACUUGAGAAACAGACACGUCAUAAGUCCUCAAAUUGCAGCUUCAUUAAAUAGUACCUGCAAAACAUCAGUCUCAACGUCAACAGUGAAGAAGCGACUCCGGGAUGCUGGCCUUCCAGAGUAGCAAAGAAAAAGCCAUAUCUCAGACUGGCCAAUAAAAAUAAAAUAUUAAGAUGGGCAAAAGAACAGAUACUGGACAGAGAUAUGGCUUUUUCUUUGCAGCUCUGACUAGAAGGCCAGCAUCCCAGAGUUGCCUCUUCACUGUUGACAUUGAGACUGGUGUUUUGAGCAUACUAUUUAAUGAAGCUGCCAGUUGAGGACUUGUGAUGCAUCUGUUUCUCAAACUAGACGCUCUAAUGUACUUGUCCUCUUGCUCAGUUGUGCACCGGGGCCUCCCACUCCUCUUUCUAUUCUGGUUAAAGCCAGUUUGCUCUGUUCUGUGAAGGAGGUAGUACACAGCGUUGUACGAGAUCUUCAGUUUCAUGUCAAUUUGUUGCAUGGAAUAGCCUUCAUUUCUCAUAACAAGAAUAGACUGAUGAGUUUCAGAAGAAAGUUAUUUGUUUCUGGCCAUUAUGAUCCUGUAAUCGAACCCACAAAUGCUGUUGCUCCAGAUACUCCACUAGUCUAUUGCUUCUUUUUUAAAUAAUAUUUUAUUUAUUUAUUAUAUCCCCUUUUUCGUGGUAUCCCAUUUGUAGUAGUUACUGUCUUGUCUCAUCGCUGCAACUCCCGUACGGACUCGGGAGAGGCGAAAGUCGAGAGCCAUGCAUCCCAACCAAGCCACACCCAACCAAGCCACACUGCUUCUUGACACAACGCACAUCCAACCCAGAAGCCAGCCGCACCAAUGUGUCGGCGGAAACACGUAACACGUACACCUAGCGACCUGGUCAGAGUGCACUGCGCCCGGCCCGCCACACGAGUGCGCAAUGAGAAAAGGAUAUCCCUCCCGGCCAAACCCUCCUUAACCCGGACGAUGCUGGGCCAAUUGUGUGCCGCCCCAUGGGCCUCCUGCGACAGAGCCUGGGCUCAAACCCAGAAUCUCUGGUGGCACAGCUAGCACUGCGAUGCAGUGCCUUAGAUCACUGGGCCACCCGGGAGGCCCAGUCUUAUUGGUUCUUUAAUCAGGACAACAGUUUUCAGCUGUGCUAACAUAAUUGCAAAAGGGUUUUCUAAUGGUCAAUUAGCCUUUUAAAAUGAUAAACUUGGAUUAGCUAACACAAUGUGCCAUUGGAACACAUUAUUGUCGGUUGCUGAUAACUUGCCUCUUGUAUGCCUAUGUAGAUUUCCAUAAAAAUGGUGCAGUUUCCAGCAACAAUAGUCAUUUACAAUAUUAACAAUGUUUACACUGUAUUUCUAAUCAAUUUGAUGUUAUUUUAAUGGGCAAAAAUGUUGCUUUCCUUUCAAAAACGAGGACAUUUCUAAGUGACCCCAAACUUUUGAAGGUAGUGUAUGGUAAUUGCACUUUUUGACAGGUUGACUGUGACUUGAUGAUUGUUUGGUUAUGUUUAGGUGUACAGUACAUUGUCCCAUUAAAUGGUUAUAAAAGGUUUAUAAAAAGUUUAACAAAAAAAACAAUAAUAUACUGGCACACAUCACUCUCCUCUCCUCCCUUCAUCUCCCCCAAUGGACCGCUCUCCUCCCCUCUCCCUUCAUCUCCCCCAAUGGACCGCUCUCCUCCCCUCUCCCUUCAUCUCCCCCAAUGGACCGCUCUCCUCCCCUCUCCCCAUCAAGCCCUUCACUCCAUCUUUGUGAAGUAUGGUGUUGUUUCUUUCAUCCCUCGGGGGUUUUCAGUCUGUGAGAGUUAAUACGCUUGAAAUUGGUCAGUUCGUUGUUGAGUGUUCUGUGGGGAGUGUCGAGGAGUGACACUGGACCCUGGGUUCCAUUCCAUUCUAAAUACAUUUAGAUAAGAGCCAUGCAUUGAUGUUUGAUGUUGUUGUAAACAUAUGUGAUUGAUUUGAAAUGCACAGUGUUUCCCAAAACAAAUAUCACCAUUUCCUUUGUACUUUAGGUAUUUCAUGGCGUCAUCUCAAUGUGACCUCUUUCGCCUGUACAUAUUGCGUCUGAGAUUGUAGGAUGUUAUGCUGUGAAGGGUGGCAGGAAGCCUAGUGGUUAGAGUAUUGGACCCGUAACUGAAAGGUUGCUGGAUCGAAUCCCCAAACUGACGAGGUAAAAAUCUGGUGUUCUACUCCUGAACAAGGCAGCCAUCAUUGUAAAUAAGAGUUUGUUCUUAACUGACUUGCCUAGUUAAAUAAAAAUAUAUGGAAUAUG